AAAUUCCAGACCACAGCAGAUGACAGGUACUGGAACCUCACACUUUCAAGCAUCACAAGCCUCCUAACAACCGUGGCUGUACUUUCCGUAGCGUGAAAAGCCACGGCGAUUAUCGCUACGAUGCGGAAAUUAGACGUUCUAGUUGGAUCGGCUGUUAUUUUCCUGGGACUGUUCGCGUUGACCGCGUCCGCUCGGGAUGUAGUCGACCUCACUCCUGACAACUUCAACGUGGACGUGGGCCAGGACACCUACAUCUUCGUCAAGUUUUACACUCCAUGGUGCGGGCAUUGCAAGCGACUUGCACCCGAGUGGGAGAGGCUCGCAGCUGCUUUUAGGGGGUCGAUAUACGUUCACAUCGCACAGGUGGACUGCGAUGCACACAAGGAGCUCUGCUCGAAGUAUGGCGUCACCGGCUACCCCACGCUCAAAUGGUUCCCACGCAACUCACUCAACCCAGAAACAUAUACUGGCGACCGUGAGGCAGAAAAGCUGCUGGAAUUCGUCAAUGAGAAGUCAGGAAGCAAGGCGACGUUGCCUGCAGGGCAGAAAUCAUUCGUUGUGGAGGUGACGCCGGACAACUUCACAGAGAUCGUCAAGGACAAGACCAAGCACGUCCUGCUCGAGUUCUACGCCCCCUGGUGCGGCAUGUGCAAGUCCCUUGCUCCCGACUACGAGGUCCUGGCAGAGACGUUUCAGUAUGAGCCGGACAUUGUGAUCGCCAAGUACGAUGCCGACAAGCACAAGGGCUCCGUGGAAAAGUACAAGAUCAAGGGGUACCCCGAGCUGCGGUGGUACCCCAAGAACAACAAGAAGGGCGUGCCGUACAAGUCGUCACGCGACCUGCAGCCGCUGAUCAACUUUGUGAACGCCAUGGCCAACACCAUGCGCACCAAGGGCGGGCUGCUGGACGACGAUGUGGGGCGCAUGAAGGAUCUGGACAAGAUCGCAGUGAAGUACGCCCUGGCGUCAAAGGAGGAGCGGGAGAAGCUGAAGACGCAGAUGAAAAACACCAUCGACUUCCUCGACGCCAAGAAGGACCCCUACGCGCAGAUAUACCUGAAGAUCGUCGACAGCAUCGACAGCAAUGAGAGAUACCUGGCGGAUGAAUAUGCGAGAGUCGAGAGGAUGCUAAAAACUCCCCUGCCGCCGGCCAAGAUCGACCAGUUCACGAUUCGCAAGCACAUCCUGACAGCCUUCUUAGAGUUUGACGAGGAGGAAAUGGCCAUCUCUUGAGCCAGGGAGGGAGAGGGGGAAAAAGGAGGGAAGAGGAAGGGAGGAAGGGGGGUGGGGGGUUAGGUGGGAGGCCCCGUUCGGCCUUGUGGUGUGGUAUUUUGAGUCGACACAGAAAGUAUUUUUCCACGUCCUGUUGGAGUGUGAAGGUUGUUCUGCGAAGGCGAAUCACAGUUAUGGUGACAUUCUUUUGUGCAGGUCACAGAUGGUAGCGUGACCGGUUUGGGUGCCUGCCUGGUGCUGGUAGCUGGUGCUGGUAGCUGGUGCUGGUAGCUGGUGCUGGUAGCUGGUGCUGGUAGCUGGUGCUGGUAGCUGGUGCUGGUAGCUGGUGCUGGUAGCUGGUGCUGGUAGCUGGUGCUGGUAGCUGGUGCUGGUAGCUGGUGCUGGUAGCUGGUGCUGGUAGCUGGUGCUGGUAGCUGGUGCUGGUAGCUGGUGCUGGUAGCUGGUGCUGGUAGCUGGUGCUGCACCGGCACUGACUUCACAUGGAGACCAACAUAGCUGCAUCCGAGCCCAGCGGUACAAAAACUUCACAAACGACAGGUGGCAGACUGUCUGGCAGUACAUCGAAUCGAGUCACGGGUUUGGCAAGGUUCCUGUAGCCCGAGCCUAUGCAGGAGAGGAAGACGGUGCCGGUGCUGAUUGCUGGUGCUGAUACUGUAGCUGGUGCUGAUACAACUGGUGCUGAUACUGUAGCUGGUGCUGAUACAACUGGUGUUCCAUACAUGGUGGGGAGAGGAGGCCAAACAGAGCACUGCAUUAAUGCUUCAUUUCCUCUG